AGAAGAACACGACGCGGUAGUUGUAUGGAGCUGUAGCUUACAACUUUUAUCUCUUGAUCGUUUUGAUAUCAACCUGAAGGUUUUCAGCUGUAAAAUUAGCUAAGUAAUUAACGAGAAAAUCCCCGACAGUAUCUUAUAUUCCGUGAGUUACCAAAGCGUCACUCCGUCGCUUCUUCGGUCGGAGGAAACCUGUUUAGCCCGCUUGCUAACUUCCUUAGCUAACUGUUAUUGUUAGCUUGCUUAUGCUAACAUGUCAGGCGGCGGCGGUGUAGUUCGGGGACCAGCAGGGAGUAACGACUGUCGUAUUUACGUGGGGAAUCUCCCUCCGGACAUCCGCUCACAGGACGUCGAAGACCUGUUUUACAAAUAUGGACCCAUUCGGGAUAUUGAUCUGAAAAACCGAAGAGGAGGGCCACCAUUUGCCUUCGUGCAGUUCGACGACCCGAGGGACUCUGAGGAUGCUGUCAGUGGGCGUGAUGGUUACGACUACGAUGGCUACCGCCUGCGUGUUGAGUUUCCUAGAAGUGGACGUGGAGGAGGUGGUGGUGGAGGUGGACCAAUGGGCCCCCAGAGGGGAAGGCAUGGUCCCCCCUCCCGACGCUCGGAGUACAGGGUGCUUGUGUCAGGUCUUCCUUCCAGUGGAAGCUGGCAGGACCUGAAGGAUCACAUGCGAGAGGCAGGUGAUGUAUGUUACGCUGAUGUGUACCGUGAUGGCACUGGAGUGGUGGAGUUUGUACGCAAAGAAGACAUGACCUACGCUGUCCGUCAGUUGAAUAACACCAAGUUUCGCUCUCAUGAGGGAGAGACAGCCUACAUCCGUGUGAAGGUGGACGGUCCUCGCAGCCCCAGCUAUGGUCGUUCCCGCUCUCGUAGCCGUAGUCGCAGCCGAAGUCGCAGCCGUAGCAGAAGCAAGAGUGGGUCACGUCGCAGAAGAGGGUCUCCACGUUACUCUCCUCGGCGCUCCCGUUCCCGUUCCCGCUCCCGCACCUAGAUCCAUCUUAGCUAAUGGUGUGCCGCAGAGCCGGAGAGGACAUCUUCACAUCACUCAACAAAUCCUGUAUACUCACCACGGAUCACCUCAUGUUACCUGUUUACACUGUCUUAUGUGUUACCUGUUCCCCUACUUUUUGUUGCAUUUUUCUUUUUUUAGUUUCCAUUUUUGUACACGGCCUGCUCGUUUUUCCCUUUUCCCCUUCUCAUCAACAUCAGUUUUCUGCCAACCAUCUCCCACCCCUCUCUGUACUUUUCUUCUGCUUGUCCUCGUUGUACGCUUUAUGUUUUGUUUCCUUUGGAAAGAUUUUGCUUCUUUUAAGCAUAUACUACUGUCCUUUGACCUUCUUGUGUGUCUCUCUGUAGAGUUCAGAGGAACAGGAUAGGAUGGGGAACAGAGGAAACAUUUCAUAUUAAGAUAAACAGGAGGAGGAGUCAAAUAUGGCACCAAUGGUAUGAUGGCUGUGCCUUGUCAAUUUUAAAACCUGCAUUAUGAGGCUGUUCAGUUUUUUUUACAUACACUUGACAGUAGAGUGCCGUUGUUGAAUGUUUUCAGUUGUUACAAGUUGUGUUUACCAGUUUGUAUUCAGAGACCCAAAGCUCGUGGUUUUUUUGCUUUUGUUUGUCUUUAAGUCUCCAAAGUAAAUCUUAAUUUUUUGUGGGACUGAUUGUAGAGAGUGUUCCCUGAUUUUCUCAACGUAAACUCCCUGGUAGAUGCAUUUGUUGACAUUUUAUUUUAGUAUUUUUUGAAGGUGUGUUUCUAACUUGCCUCCUUCUCUUUGGUUCUGCUGGUAUUCUGAAGGUUUGGACUGGGCACAUUGUCCCCCCAUUCCGGAGCCGGAUCAGGAUUCAGGAUGAGAUCAGGAUUAGGAUUAGGCUUCAGGAUGGAUACAUGGAUCAGGAGCAUGGGAGCAUUUUACCGGGAGAGGAUCCUGACCCCCGGCCCUGUCCACAUAACCCCAUCAAACUGGAAAUAGUGAAAUAUCCAACCUAAUUGGCUUUCAUAUAAUCCAAAUUUUUUUUCCAUUUCGUGUGGAACCUCAGAGACACAAUCGCUGACGACACUGUGACGAGCGAUUAUUUUUCAGGUUUUUGUUUUUCAAAAUUGUAAAAAAAAAAAAGAAGAGCAAAGCUCCACUCAAAACCAGGAGGAGGGCUGGGAGGUGCAGGAUGGAUCCACACGCUUAAGGAGAGUGGUAAAUAGUGGGCGGCCAUUAACAGCGGAGGAGGGAGGGAGGAGGGAGGACUGGGACGCGACAAGGGAAUGUGACAUAAUGUGGUUUGUAUCUUUUUCAUAGGUCAGUCUUUUGCUGCAGAGGAUUUCAGAUUUUCUUAAGUAUAAUCUCCAGUAUCCUAAAGCUUUAUUCUCUUUUAAUAAAACGUUCAGUAAACAUGA